UUUGUGGUUAGUCUAACUGAAUUCACUUUGAGAGACUUAAACAUGGGGAUGAGUUUGAUGUGCAAAUAUCCCUCAAACCAACCUCGAAUUCGUCCUAGUAAUUAUUAAAUCAUUUAAAUUGUAACAAUAGUUAAAUAAUCAUAAUUGACUCAUAUAUUUUACUAAAAUUAUGAUUUAAAACGAAAAAGAGCAACGUCCACUCGCGUCGCGUGUCACGUUCGUUCCUUAUUCGCUCGCUCGCUCCAUAAUCUAGAUUCGUAAAGUGAACUCAAACCACCGCAACUAAUUACGCACAGAAGCACAAGGAAAACGAAGACGACAAUGUCGACGUUUCAUCUUCAAGAAAGGUAUUUUCAACAGGGAAUUACAGCAUGGAAUGGAGGAGGAGGAUCCACAGCUAUACGUGCAGAGAGAGCAAGGAAGCCAAAAGCCUCCUUCUUCAAAUUGGAUCCCAAACACGUCAAGAACCACCACAAAAAUCAAAAUCAUCGCGCUGCAGCUGCUGUGUGUUCCGCAUUGUUCAAAUCUGCAGUUGCUGAACCACAAGCAACAAUCUAUACAGCAGAAGAUCCAAUGCUAGCAAAUUAUGUACCAGUAUAUGUGAUGCUCCAACUAGGAGUUAUCUCAAAUGACAAUGUCUUACAAGACCGGUACGGACUUGAGAAACAGCUGAGGGAGCUACACGCCGCAGGCGUUGAUGGGGUUAUGGUUGAUGUCUGGUGGGGUAUUGUAGAAUCAGAGGGGCCUCAGCAGUAUGAUUGGUCUGCUUACAGGGACUUGUUUCAGCUGGUUCAAGAUUGCAAAUUGAAGUUGCAAGUUAUCAUGUCAUUUCACCAAUGUGGAGGGAAUGUUGGAGAUUCUGUUUUUAUCCCAUUACCCAAAUGGGUGCUUGAAGUUGGGGAUUCAAACCCUGAUAUCUUCUACACCAAUCGCUCAGGUAUCAGGAACAAGGAAUGUCUGUCACUUGGUGUGGACGACAUACCUCUUUUUCAUGGAAGAACUCCUAUACAGAUGUAUGGUGACUAUAUGAGGAGUUUCAGAGAGAAUAUGGCAGAUUUUUUAGAAUCUGAGCUCAUGAUAGACAUUGAAGUAGGACUUGGCCCUGCGGGAGAACUCAGAUAUCCUUCUUACUCAUAUUGUACAGGGUGGAAAUUUCCUGGUAUAGGAGAGUUUCAGUGUUAUGACAAAUAUCUUGAAGCUCAAUUCAAAGGGGCUGUAGCUGCGCUAGGCCAUCCUGAAUGGGAGCUGCCUGAUAAUGCUGGGGAAUGCAAUUCUACACCUGAAUCUACUGAAUUUUUCAGAUCACAAGGAACCUACCUAACAGACCAGGGGAUUAUCUUUCUUACAUGGUAUUCCAGCAUAUUGGUGAUGCACGGUGAUGCGAUCAUGGAUGAAGCUAACAAAGCAUUUGUAGGCUGCAAAGUGAAGUUAGCGGCAAAAGUUUCUGGAAUCCACUGGUGGUACAGAACAGAAAACCAUGCUGCAGAGCUCACUGCAGGAUACUACAACUUAAAUUAUAGAGACGGAUACCGUCCGAUAGCAAGGAUGCUCAACCGACAUGGUGCAAUUCUAAAUUUUACAUGCCUUGAGAUGAGAAAUUGUGAGCAAGUUGAAGAAGCCAAAAGCGGUCCCCAGGAACUUGUUCAGCAGGUCCUAAGUACAGGCUGGAGGGAGAACCUUGAAGUUGCAGGAGAAAAUGCACUUCCGCGGUAUGAUCGCGAAGCUUACAACCAAAUCCUUCUGAAUGCUAGACCAAAUGGUGUGAACAGACAUAGCCCUCCAAAACUGAGGAUGUAUGGCGUGACAUACCUUCGUUUGACAGAUGAGCUAUUCCAGGAAACAAAUUUUCAAUUAUUCAAAACAUUUGUGAGAAGGAUGCAUGCUAAUCAGGAUUACUGUUCAGACCCUGAGAGAUACUGUCAUUACACGUUUCCUAUGCAGCGAUCAAAACCGUAUCUGGGGACUCUUACUCACGGAACCGAACCAGUGCUGCAGCCAUAUCCAUGGAAUAAUGAAACAGAUAUGAGCAUUGAAGGUCCUGGUUUCUUUGCUGAUAUUGUAGCAUUUAUCUGGCGUAUUUUUUGUAAUAAAAAAAGAAACUAGGAAGGUAAAUAGUUUCAUAUAUUUGGCUCCUACAUAGAGGCUGCUGCUGCUGCUGCGCCUUCCCUUUGUAGUUUGUACAAAAGCUCCUUAUCACACUAUACAGUCUAUACUGGCCGAUUUUACA